GGGAAGAGGAGCUGGAACUUACUGGACCAUUCUACAGACACAGAUAAACUGGUGAAGAAGAGAAGGCGCUGGUGUGGCCAGGACAACCAAGAGAGAUUAUUACAAGUCCCUACAUGGCCGAAUCCAAUGGAACAUAAUCAUAUAUAUAAGGGACUAUAAAGAAAUCAACCAGGGAUUCAACUGACCAGCAUUAGAUAAUUCAAACCAGUAAUGGACCAGCAGCAGAAGGACAGAAGCCAGUAAACAAUCAGUGGCAAAACCCAAGGAGACAGGUACUGGGAAAUCACAAGAGGGAAUAAUUAACAAAGGACCAAUUACAAGGUAUUAAGAUCUAGCAAGUGAUUAGCAGUAACCUACACCACCAGUGACACAGAAAUCAGCAAGAGACCCAAGUCAUAAGCAGGGAAUAGGAAACAAAUCAGAGAAACUUACUUUUUCUUGAACCAGUCCUCAUGCCCCCCAUGUUAUUACUUUUCCCAAUAAUACUCCUUAUUCUCCCACAUGGAGCUCAGUUGGAUUCCCCCCAGGGAGCCUGGCGCCGCCGCUUCCGCUGGAAGAGUAAUGGGCGAGUGUUUAGUUUGCAAAGUUCUGGUUUUGACCACAGAGCUGGCACUUUCUACAUCUCAGAGGUUCUCAAACACGCAGCACCAGCCAGGUAUUUAAAGUCAAGAGAAGGACAAGUUCACAGUGAUGUUACAGCGGGAAACACUGAGCAACAACCUAUUGUCACUCAGGUUUUCCCCACCCCUAGUGAGAGAAAUCCUGUCACUACAAGGAGUUAUGUCACAUAUGGAAUUCCUAAACAUAUGAACGAAGUCAUGGAGAGCAUCCAACAGAAUAGCAUUAAUCUAAAAGAUCAGCUACAAAGCAAUGAAAUCACAGACAGAAGUACUACCACAAGGAAUGUUGUCACCCCAAGGACUGUGACCCAACAAAAUGAUUUCACUGAGAAAACUAAAAUACAGAGUACUGACUUUACAGAGAGGAAUCAUGUUACUAAAAUCAUUUCUAUGCAGACAAGUGAUGUCCCUCAAAAGAUUACAUCACCUACAGGUCAUGUAACAAAAAUAAUGUCUACUCAGAAGAGUGAUGUAACUCAACGAAAUCCAACACACACAAUAGCUGUUACCCAAAGUAUUCCUACACAGUGGAAUAAUGAUAUUCAGAUGAAAGAUGCCACCCAAAGAGUUUUGAUAUUGAGUGAUGAUGUUACUCAGAGCAGCGAUGUUACCCUAAGGACUCCAGGAAGGCGUAAUGUCACCCAAAGAGUUCCAUCAAUGAUGAGUGAUGUCACCCAAAUAACUUAUGCACAGAGAAGUGAUUUGGCAAAUGAAGCCACCCAGAAGAUUGAUCUCUCCCAAAAAAUUCCUACUCUGAUAAAUGGUGCCACCCAGAGAACUGAUGUUACACAAAGAAUUCCUACUCUGAUAAGUGGUGCAACCCAGAGAACUUAUGUUACCCAAAGAAUUCCAACUCUGAUAAAUGGUGCCACUCAGAGAACUGAUGCCUUCCAAAGAAUUCCUACACUGACAAGUGGUGUCAUCCAGAGAAUUGAUGUCACCCAAAGAAUUCCUACAUUAACGAGUGGUGCCACCCAAAGAAUUGAUGUCACCCAAAGAAUACCUGAACUGACAAGUGGUGCCACCAAGAGAAAUGAUGUCACCCAAAGAAUUCCUACACUAAUGAGUGGUGCUACCCAAAGAAUUCCUGAACUGAUGAGUGCUGCCACCCAAAGAACUGAUGUCACCCAAAGAAUUCCUGCACGGGUGAGUGAUGUCACCCAGAGGAUCGCUGUCAACCAAAGAAUUCCUAUGAGAAUGAAUGAUGUUACCCAAACUAUUGAUAUAACCCAAAGAAUCCCCACACAAAUUGAUGUCACACAGAGGACUGAUGUCACCCAUAAAAAUCCUACAAAAAUACAUUUUGCCACCAAAAUUCCUACAACACUUAAUGAUGCCAUCCAAAGAAUUCCUAUAAAAAUAAAUGAUGACACAAAAACAAAUCUGACACCUAUUAAUAAUUCCACCAAAAAAAUUCCUACCCAGAUUAAUAAUACCACCCAAACAAUUAUAGCAAGGACAAGCAAUAUUAACCAGAGGAUUAUAAUAAAUCAGAGAGCUAAUCUCCCUGUGGCUAAUCUUAUGCCUGCUAAUCCUAAUGACGUGGCAGGGGUAAGGCCCCCAAGAGUUCGUCCUGGUGGUGCCCCUCCUGCAGUACAGAUGAUGGCUGGGGAUGACCCAAGAAACCCAUAUAAGAACCACAAUCAAGUGCUACCAAACCUAGUUUCAUUAGGUCGGAGAAGUGGUCCCAGAUACUACCAGUACGGGCUUCCUGAUCUGAUUCCUGACCCCCUCUUUAUUCAGACCUCAACCUAUAUCCAGAGAUCCCCCAUGUAUGCUCUGCGCUGUGCAGCAGAAGAAAACUGCUUGGCCAGGUCUGCGUACACCCCCUCCAUCUCUGAUAUCAGUACCCGAGUGCUGCUCCGCUUCCCACAGAGGGUUAAAAACAUAGGUACAGCGGAUUUCCUCCCGGUAAAACCAAGGCACACCUGGGAGUGGCACAGCUGUCAUCAGCACUAUCACAGUAUGGACUCCUUCAGUCACUAUGAUCUACUAGAUUCUAUGUCCCAUCGGAAAGUGGCAGAAGGUCACAAGGCCAGCUUCUGUCUGGAGGACACAAUGUGUGACCUGGGAAUAAGGAGGCGUUACGCUUGCACUGCACAUACCCAGGGUCUAAGCCCAGGAUGUUAUGACACAUAUCAUGCCAACAUUGACUGUCAGUGGAUUGAUGUUACAGAUGUUCCUCCUGGGAAGUACAUUCUUAAGGUUUCUGUGAACCCUAAUUUCCAGGUAAUGGAAUCGGAUUUUACCAAUAACGCAGUGCGAUGUGACCUGACCUACACUGGGAAUUACGCUAUAACACGGAACUGUCACUUAUCCAGUAUUUAAAACGUAAUUUGCUGUACAAUCAUCUAUCACUGUGCCAUCAUCAUAUUCUGGAGGGAGAUCUAUAUGCACAGCAAGGUCAGCAGAACCGCAGAACCUUCUGCCUAUGCACUGGGACAGGAGCCGGAACUACGUACCUUCAUAGAAAGGUUAUUUAUUCCAUGAUCUUUGACAUUCUGUACAACAUAUGUUUAUUGAUUAUAUUAUAUAUAAAUAAAAAACAAUUUUCAGAA